AUGUUCGAGAACUUCAACUUCGACGUCACCGUUGAGCAGCUGCAGGCCUAUCAGCAGUGGGAGGCCGCUAUCAUGCAGAACCUCCACAACCUGGGCAUUGAUCCGGGCACAUCGUUUGAGCCACUUGUCAUCGACCCUGCUCUCGAGCAAGCUGUCCAUAUGCAGGCCAUGAACAACGUCGCUGUUGCUCCUCAGGCCCAGCAGAACAUCCAGGUUGCCCCCGUUGCCCCUCAGGAACCCAUUGCCCAGGGUAUCCAGAACAACGGCGACAUCGGCUUCCCUACCUUCGACCCGGUCCAUCUUGAUGCCAACCAGCUCGCGAACAUCGUUUCUGCCGACACCGCCAAGGUCGAGCAAGCUACCGACUCUGACCACGACACCGGGAUUGCCUCUGACGACGACGUCGACGCCGAGGGCGAGCCUGCCGACUUCCCAGGUCUCAUCGGCUUUCCCAACCCCGUCCCCAUGGCAUCCGAGGAUGUCGCAGCCCUUGUUCGCCUCAGCGCUCUUCCCACCGACCAACUUUCUCAGGUCAUCCUUGAUCUCCAAAACAGCCUCCGGCUCAGGGAGAUCAGCAUGAUGCCUGGUGAGGAGAUGGACAUUGACCAGCCCGAGCAGAUUGACGGCAUCCCCACCUUUGCCGACGCUCCUCUCUCCGCAACCAACGACAUCCAGAACGUUCAGGUCCAGGCCCAACCUACCCACAACGCCAACCGUCCUCGCCCUGACAUCAGAAGCUUCCCCCCUCCUGACCACACUCGUGAGUCUCGGGAUCAGUACUUGAUCGAUCGCCGGGCGGAUGGGUACACGUACCGGGAGAUCAAGGAAGCUGGGGGUUACGAUGAGGCGGAGCCGACCCUUCGGGGAAAAUGGCGAACUCUCACAAAGGAGCCGGAGCAGAGACUCCGGAAGCCCAAGUGGGAGCAACACGAUCUUGAGUUGCUUCGCACUGUGACUUACCGAUGGUUCACCGACAACAACAAGCAGGUCGGAGAUGCGCGACCUCCUUGGAAGAUUCUGGCCCAGGAGAUGUUCGACGAAGGUGCCAGUUACCACUUCGGCAGCGGUACUAUCUCCAAGAUGUGGGAAGUCGUCCACGCCCGCGACCGGGACAACGCACUCCAGGAGAUCGCACUUGCCAACGCCAACUCCAACGUUUGA